CCUUCGUCUCUCCUCCGACUCGCGCGCAGCGCUCAUCAUGUCCCCUUCCGCGAUCCCUCUUUCCUCAGACUCACGCCCUGCAAAGCGUUCCAGGAAGGCUCCUCCCUCCGAAGACUCCUCCAGCCAGUUCCCUGUCGACCACAUCUUCAUUUCAGAAGGCCACAAUCCCUCCAAGAAACUCGGUGGCAAGAAGGCUACGUUAUCGUGUUGUGAGUGCAGAAGGUUGAAGCUCAAAUGUGAUCGAACCUUUCCAUGUGGAUCAUGCAAAAAACGAGGCGUGAGCGACAUAUGUCCCGAUGGUGUCUUGGUUUCCGGCAAAGGGACUAGAUUCAUCCUUGCCAAUACAGAGCAGCUCCAUACAAAGAUACACGAAAUGAGCGAACGUAUUAGGAGACUCGAAGAUGCUUUGGAAUCGUCCACCGCACCUCACCACCCACUUCUCUCUUCGGACUUGCUUAGCAUAAAGAGCACAAUGGAAUUGUACGGAACAACACAAGGGAAACCGGACAGUCGGACACCAGAACACCAGAGUGACCAUGACCAUGACCUUCAUGACAACGAGUCUGUGCGGUUGACUCCACCAGUCAAACAUGAGCCCCAGGACCACGUAGACGCUGAAAUACAACGAUCAAGUCGUAGCUUCCCGUUAACGGACGGCGGCGGUGGGAGAGAUCUUAAAAUUCCAUUGAGAGACCGCUUGCAAAGGUCCCUUCCUUCCCGAGCUGAUGCAGACUAUUUAUGGGACCAGACUCGUCAGAAUGCAUUGUGGCAGUACAACCCUCAUACGGACGAAACCUUCUAUCCCAAUCUCGCUCAUCAUUGCUAUGCAACACCUCCUGAAGAGCUGAGCACACGCCGUCUUGCUCUGCUUUUCAUGAUACUCGCUAUCGGAUGCAAAGUUGACAUUCAAAGACAUAGUACGGACUCUCCAGAUGCAGAACAUUAUCAUACUCUAGCUCGUGCCGCCUUGAGCGAGGUGUCAGUUUUGGACGAUACGACAGUGGAAACGAUAACUGCUCUCUUCUAUGAAAUCUGGUACCUCCUUGUUUUCUCUGACCAUAAGACAGGAGGAGGACAUGCGUGGGGCUUGAUGGGACUCACUGCCAAGUUAGCACAAAGUAUUGGCUUGCAUCGGAAUGGCACAAAGUCCAAAGUGAUUCCCGAGGAAGUCGAAAGGCGGAGAAGCUUGUUCUGGGAGUUGCUCUAUCUGGAUGCGCGACUAUCUUUGUCAUUAGGGCGACCGCCGUCGCUUUCUGUAAAGUACAUGGACUGCAAACGCCCCACCUACAUACCCGACGCAGAUUCCGAACUUAGUCAAAGUUCGCAUUAUUAUCAGGAGUGGAAGCAUUCAUGCUAUAUUCAUUGCCUCGCUCCGGUGCUUGAUGCCAUCUCACAACCUGGCCUGGAGUAUUCUACCGUUCUUUCACUUGAUAGGACAAUACGGGAUUUCUCUAUCCCGGCAGCUCUCGGUAAACGGAGUCAUCCAGGUCACACAGUUCUCAUGCAAAAGACAUCUCAUCUCAUCGCCCUGGAGACUGUCAUCCUCCAGUUGCACAGGUCAUAUUUCAUGCGAGCACUAAGUGGACCUGAGGAAGCUUUCAACCGUCGUCAUCGGCACGCGCCAUCUGUGGUCGCAGUUUUCCUGAGUGCAACUCGAAUGAUUGCAACCGUGGAGCAAUUAUACAAUCAAGCUCCCAAAUUGACUGUUCGAAUUGCCGGCUACUGGUCGAAUGCAUUCUCGGCUGCGGUUGCCCUUUGUUUACUUGUCAGUCGGGCCCCUUUCACUUGCCUAUCGCCUGCCGCCCUUCAGGAGCUGGAACGCGCACGACUUCUGUUCCGUGCGGCCGCGUCUCCCCAGGAGAACUGUCCUCGAGCAAGACAGGUUGAGCCUGUAUUGCAGACGAUGAUAGCGAAAGCAAACGACAUCUUCCGGAGAUGGUUUUCUGGGCAAGAGGUUCCGACAAUGGUCUUACGCCACACUGAUGAUCAUUCAGAAGCCGAGUUUGUCGGGAUGGGCACACCGCCCUAUAUCCCAUUGACACCUGGCUCACCAUCAUCAGCGGACAUGUAUACCGUUGACCCCUUCCAACAUGCCCAUCGUAAUCUGAAACAGUGCAUAGCUGAGGUUCAUGAACGAGCCAAGGUCAUGUUCCCCAUGCGAAAGCCUUGUCAAUGUUCUGUACCUCCUCCAUCUGCAUGUCCACCGUCCCAUUCAUGGGCACCACCUCCACAAUUGGAUCAGUCAUCCCCCGUUCUUCCUUACUUGUAUCCGAAUAUUGCCAACCCAUUGGGUUUCACGACACCUAACGUUGGUAAUGCCGCUACGCCUGCCAAAUUUGCUGGAAUGGAAAGUGUAAACUUUGAGCUUGGAGCGUUACAUCCCAACACGGAACAAAGCUGGAUGGCUUGGUUUUGA